AUGCUUUCACAUAUUAAACAUCACUUCUAUUAUUUCAAAUAUCGUCGAAAUUAUAUUAAAUUAAUAAUAUCUAGUAUAUCAUUUAUUUUAUUUCGUUGGCAUCAACGUAUUCAUUUAUAUAUAUUUAUAAUUGUUUUAUUCAUAGCUAGUUUAAUAUCUUAUCAUAAACCAUUUGCUCUUCUAUAUAAUUUAAAAUAUAUUCGACCUGAAACUUUAUCUAUUAUACCUAUACGUAAUGAUUUAAUAGAUAAACAAAAACAAGAACAACAACAAGCUUAUGAAUGGCUUGAUAAUUUAUGGAAAAAUUCAAAAAAUUAUUCAAAUAUUAUUUCAAAUCAAACUUUUCAAUCACGUUUUUAUGAUUUUAUUCAAAUGAAAAAUAAUAAUUCACCUUUAUCAUCAUAUACAUUAUUUGAUAAGCCUAAACAAAUAUUAUUGAAUAAUCAUACUAAUACCAAUGAUCAUAUUGUUAUAUCCAUUUUAUAUAGUCAACAAGAUACAGAUCGUCGUGAUGGUAAAUUUUAUGUUGGUCAAGUACUUUAUCAACUUUUGAAAAAUUAUCAUUCACGUUUUAUAAUCACAUUAUGUGAAAAUGGUAAUAUAAAUAAUCAAAUAUCAGAUGGUAUUGAUUUAAUUCGACGUUUAGUACCGGUUUUUAUUAUUAAUACAAUUGAUUCAGAUCAAAUAAUUGAUAUGUAUGAACGAGAAAAAUACGCACAUUUACAAUGUAUUCUAGCUAAUUUUCAAUCAUUUCCCAAUGUUAAUUAUUUUCUAUUAUUACAAGAUGAUGCACAACCAAUUGGUGAUGAUUUUUAUCAUCGGUUUCUAUCAUUAAUUGAUUAUCGUAUUAAACAAUUAUGGCCAUUAAAUGGUUAUAGACAACAACCAGCUUUUCUUAAAAUUUAUCACCCAAGAUGGUUAAUUAAUUAUUUACAUCCAUCAGUUUAUAUUAUUAUACAAUUAAUUGCAACAAGUCUUCUUCUUACAUUUUUUUCUUUUGCUUGCUUUAAUUUAUUUCAAAUCAUUAAACAGGGUAAUGGCAACAAUGAUAAAAAUUCUAUAAAUCAUAUUACAUUUAUUUGUCGUCUGAUUUCUAAUAAUUUAAAUCGAAUUUAUUUUAUAUAUUAUUUUCUUCUUAUAAUACUCGUACUUAUUUUACUUAAUCAUUCUAAUGUAUCUUGGACAUGGCGUUCAUUACAUCCAUCAUUUUAUGCUAUUUAUCCAGCACCAUCAUGUUGUUUACCAGGCGUAGUCUAUUUUCGACAAACAUAUAUUCAAGUUAUUGAUUAUUUAAAUAGUAUUAAAUGUCAUAAUGGAUAUGCGAUCGAUACAGCUUUUGACGAUUUACCAAAACGCAUACAUCUACAAACAUAUCUUGUCGAACCAAAUUUAGUUCAUCAUAUUGGUUUAUAUUCAAGACUUCGACAUAUGUAUAUCAAUCCAUAUUUACUAGAUUAA